AUGUCGAUUGAAGAUCUUCCUCUCAUAGGCGCUUCGAUAUUUGGAGUGUAUUUUUUCAUCAGAUUAAUAGUGACUUUCUUUAAGAGAGGAAAACAAUCAAUAUUUGCAUAUUGGAGUAGAUUUUGGUUCAGACUUUUAGUAGCAAUCUAUGGAAUCAUUAACAUAGUUCAAAACGUCAGAUCUGCCGCACACAUUGGCAAAAUAUUCGCUUAUUUGCCUGCAAUCAAUUUUACAAUUUUAAUUAUUUCGUUAAUUUUCCUUGUCCGUUCAUUACAAGACUUUGUUUGCUAUUCUAAUCCAGAAGCUACUUUCAUUAAAAGAAAUUGGAUACCUUUAACACUUCUAUUUGCUGUAGCUUCGAUUAGCAGCAUUAUUCUCGAAUACUUUAUCUUUGAUCCGCACGACCUUUACUCUAUCGCUGCAGCUAGAUGUGUCUAUCACUUACUUUUCUUAAUUUUCGUUCAUUCAUUGAUAUCUUUCCCUGCUUUAUUCUUCAUGAAUGAGAUCACUAAUAACGACUUUAGUGGAACAAUGAGUUGCAAGAUUAAUUUUGCUCGUAUAUGCUUUAUUAUCGAAAUUUUCACAAUAUCUUUCACUUCUCUCUUUGAAGUUGCAACUUCUUACACAUACUUUGAGAGAGUCAUGAAUCUUACAGUCAGUACUAUCAAGGAUCUAACGAUAAUUAUGGUUUGUUUCAUACAAGAUAUGAUUGAUUGGAUGUUACACUGGCUUUACCUCGAUGAAGAUGAAAUUAAUAAGCCAGAUAAGUAUGAGUCUGCUCGCCAAAAGCCAUUAUCAAUCAAUCUCAUUGAAGAUGAAUAA